AUGUUGGUGGAGACCCGAGUCCCGGCCGCGCUGGCCGCGCGCUGCGAGGCGGUGGCCGAACGGGGGGGCCUGGGCCCCCCGCCCCCGGGCGCGCUGGCCGACGACCCCCCGCCGGUGGCGCCCCCUGCCACAAGGAACGCCCCGGGAGCCGGCCGGGCCGGCGGUCGCAUCGGCGGCGGCGGCGGCCUCUUCAGCGAUGAGGAUGCUGAUGAGCCAGAUGCCAGGUGGCAGCGCAAGGGGCGCAGCAGCUCGAGGCUGAGGGGAGAUGAGCUGGACAGGCGAAUUGUUAAUAAUGACCCCGAGCGCCUGCGCCGACAGAUCAUGGAGCAACGGCGCGUGGUUUCCGGCAGGACAAAGGCACAGCCCCACACCGGCAAGAGGGUCAGAGAAGAGGGUGAAGCAGCGGAGGCUGUCCAAGACGAUGCUGAAGCGGUUGCGGCUGCUGCCGCGGAUGCAGCCGAUGACGUGGCGCAUGCGCAUGCGCAGCAGGAGCCUGAUCGGGAGCUGGUGAAUGAGACGCCCCUGAACCAGCGCCGCCCCUAUGGCCUGCUCAGCCCCGACAGCACAGCAGGGGUGAGCAGCGAGGGAGCACUGACAGAAGCCACAGGAAAUGGGGACGCGGCGGAUGACUCAGCAGAUGACGAGCCAGGGGCCGCGCACCGAACGCGCUCCGUCAGCGCGGUUAGUAACCCGCCGAGCACGCUGGCCGCCUGCAUCGGCGGCAGCCGUCGCCGAGCUGCAAACGGCGAGGCAACGGCGCCGCGGCCGAGCGGAGAAGAGGCAACGCCGUCGGCUCCGGCGCCGCCGGCCCAGCCGCCGCAGCGCCGCGGAUUUGCGGCCGCCUUCGACACCUUCGUCGCGCGCGGAAUCUGCGACAGCCCCUCCACUUCUGCACAUGCACCGGACACUGCAACAGGUGCAGCCGGGAUGCAGGAGGUUGCAUCAGCAGCGCCGGCCGGCGAGGCGGCUACAGAGGGGAGUGAGGGCGACCUGAUGUCGCCGGACUCCCGCGGCGAUUGCCACCGCCCGCUGGGGGAACCGGCCUCGGCUGGCGGCAGCAUCCUCGGCAGCACCGGCAUGCCAGAAGGCAAGACGGCGAGCAGGCGGCCGGCGAGCAAGGUGCUAGCGAGCACGACGCGGCCCAACCUGCCCGACUGCGGGCAGCCGGGCAGCAUCCUCGCCGCGUCAGCCGCCAAACCGGCGCGCAAGAGCGGCGGCGUCACAUGGGCCGACCUGCCCAGCAGCGAGGGUGCAUCUCCCAGGCGUAUGGAGGAGGUUGAUUAUGACUCGCAGCAGGAGCCUGCUGCGCCCUUUGCCGGCCACACGCCCUUCAGACCCAGCAGAUUUGCUCGCACGCCCACCACAACCGAGGGCCCGCAAGCUUGCUCAUCAGCUAGUCCUGAAGGCAUGCAGCAAACACCAAUGAAUACUGAAGAGCUCAUCGAGUCUCCCGCCGAGGAGCAAGCUGCUGACAUCACCAUGCCUGCUGAUGUCACCGCGCCUGAGCUGCUGACAGCGGAUGCCGGCCCCUCUCAAGCGCCGUCGGCAGCUGAUCACGCCGAUGCGCCUCAGAAACGCUUGGUUUUGCCCAAACACCAAGAACAGGCAGCUGCACUCAAGGGGUUUGUGGUGGAGAGGACGGAAGGCUUCCUGCUGCAUGCUCUGGAGGAAAUCCACUCCCUGCUCAGCAGGUGUGUGCGUGACAAGGCUCAGGAAGCAGACAGGAGCGCCGUCAUUGAAGCUGCAAGGGAGGCCGUUGCAGCCUUCUGCGAUGGGAUCAACGGAUGA